AUGUCGAAUCCUAUCUUGCCCAAAGAGGGCGAGCGCAAUAUCCUUAUUACUAGCGCUUUGCCAUAUGUGAACAAUGUUCCCCAUCUGGGUAACGUCGUGGGCUCCGUGCUGAGUGCCGAUGUCUUCUCCAGGUAUGACUCAACUCCCCGCAGAUAUGAAUGCGCGAAACUAAUAAAAUCCAGAUACCACAAGGCUUGCGGUCGUCCGACACUGUACAUCUGUGGAACUGAUGAAUACGGUACCGCCACCGAGACCAAGGCGCUGGAGGAGAAGCUGUCGCCCGAGGAUCUUUGCGCCAAGUACAACAAGAUCCACCAGGAAGUGUACGAAUGGUUCAACAUUGGCUUCGACCACUUUGGUCGCACACCUACGCAGAAGCACACCGAUAUCUCCCAGUCAAUCUUCAAGCGCCUGUAUGACAAUGGAUACCUGGGCGAGCAAACCGCCGAACAGCCUUUCUGUGAGAAGCACGGCUCCUUCUUGGCCGAUCGUUACGUCGAGGGCGAGUGCCCCCGUUGCCACUACGAUGACGCCCGUGGAGACCAAUGUGAUAAGUGUGGCCACCUUCUGGACCCCUUUGAUCUGAUUAACCCCCGCUGCAAGCUCGAUGGUGCCGCGCCGAUCCGUCGCGAAACCAAGCACAUCCACCUGCUGCUCGACAAGCUCCAGCCUCAGCUGGAGAAGUGGGUUCACCCCGCUAUCGAAAAGGGCAACUGGCCCAAAAACUCCCGUGUUAUCACCGAGUCCUGGCUGAAGGAGGGCCUGAAGGGCCGUGGUAUCACUCGUGACCUCAAGUGGGGUGUUCCUGUCCCACUGGAAGGAUUUGAGAACAAGGUCCUUUACGUCUGGUUCGAUGCCUGUAUCGGUUACCCCUCUAUUACAGCCAAUUACACCGACGACUGGGAGAAGUGGUGGCGUAACCCGGAAGAUGUCCAGCUCUGGCAGUUCAUGGGCAAGGACAACGUUCCAUUCCACAGUGUUAUCUUCCCCUCCACCCAGAUCGGAACUGGGGACAAGUGGACCAUGCUCCACCAUCUGAGCACCACCGAGUACCUCAACUACGAAGGUGGCAAGUUCAGCAAAUCGCGUGGAGUUGGUGUCUUCGGCACAAACGCCAAAGAGACCGGUGUUUCAGCCGACGUCUGGCGUUACUAUUUGUUGAAGAACCGCCCCGAGACUAGCGACACACAGUUCGAGUGGCAACCAUUCGUUGACGCUAACAACAGCGAGCUGCUCGCCAAGUACGGUAACCUCGUUAACCGAGUUAUCAAGCUCGUCACUGCCUCCUAUGGCUCCGUCAUCCCCGAGUUCACUGUCCCCGAGUCUUUCAACCCCUUCUUGGAAGAGGUUACUGGUCACCUGCGCCAGUACAACGAAGAAAUGGAAGGCGCUCACUUGCGUGCCGGUGUUGUGACUGCCAUGCGUAUUGCCGAAGCCGGAAACGGUCUUAUCCAAGCAAACCGUCUGGACAACAAGCUCAUCGCCGAAGAGCCCGAGCGCGCCGCCGCCGUUGUCGGUACUGUGCUGAACUUGAUUCACCUGCUGUCCGCCGUCUUCACUCCCUACAUGCCUGCCAGCUCCAAGUCCAUUCUGGAACAGCUCAACGCCCCUCUCCUGUACAUUCCCCACGGCGACCAGCUCAAGGAAAAAUGGCAGCCCACUUCAUUGAAGGCUGGUCACAAGAUCGGCAAGGCCGCCUACCUCUUCACCCGCAUUGACCCCAAGAAGGCCGAUGAGUGGCGCGAGUUGUUCGGUGGCUCGCAGGCCGAUCGCAAGAAGAAGGAAGAAGAGGCCGCCAAGCUGGCCGCCAAGAAGGCUGCCGCCAAGGCCAAGAAGAAGGAGAAGAAGGAGAAGGGCCGUGCCGGUGCUGGUGCGGAGGCUGGUGGCGUUGAAGGCACUGCCAAGGGUGGUGCCGAGAAGAUCUCUGCUACCACCGAGGGCAAGAAUGAUGAGGCCGUUGAAAAGAUUGCCGAUGGUGUGGCACAGGUUACUCUGCCCACUUCUUAA